UCCCUGAGCAGGAUUUCCGCUGUGCGGAAGUGAUGAUGCAGGGUGAAGUGUCUGGCCUGCGCGCGCGCCGGUAUGUGGGCUGAGCUAAAAACUCCAGAAAGGCGGAAGUGUGAGCUGUGAGCGGUGAUGACAGCACGAUUACUGGCACUAUCGCAUGCUUUGAUCUGAUCCUCUCACCGCCACUGAUCAGCCGGGGAUUAUUAUGAUUUGAUGAGGUGUAGGUUGUUAUAUUAAGCAGUAUGCUGAGCGCGGCCAUGGUCAGUGUUAGCAGUGAUUUAUAGGACAGGGUUUGAGUGUGCUCGCGCUCCGGUCAGGAUGCUCCGGCUGGCCGGUGUGCUGGUCGUUGCCGGUUUGGUGAUGGCGUGUUUCACUUCCUGGGUGUUAGACAGCUACGACACUAGCUGGCAUCCUAAACGGAGUUUGGCGCAGUCAGACGGCGAGCACGUCAAGAAGAAAGGCGAGGCGCCGUUUCCAGACGCGGAGCUGAAGAACAUCUUCUGGUUUGUGCAGAUAUCAGACAUUCAUAUAAGCCGCUUUCGCGAUCCAAGGCGCAUCCCGGACUUCGAAAAGUUCUGUACAGACACUAUUGAAGUCAUUAAACCUGCUCUUGUACUUGCUACAGGGGACUUAACAGAUGCAAAGACGGAGGAUAAAGUUGGCUCUCUACAGUACGAGGUCGAGUGGCAGGCCUAUCACAACGUCCUAAAGAAAUCUCGAGUGCUGGAACGGACAAAAUGGAUAGACAUUCGUGGAAACCAUGAUACCAUGAACAUUAUAUCUCUGGAUAGCGUAAACAAUUAUUACAGGAAGUAUUCUGCCAACCAGAAGCUUGGAUCCUUCCACUAUGUACACAGCACUUUCUUUGGGAACUAUUCAUUUAUCUGUGCUGAUGCCACCCUCACUCCUGGGCCCAAGCGUCCCUACAACUUCUUUGGAAUACUUAAUCAAGGUCAAAGUGAUAUACUGGCUAAAUUUAAGCAGGAGAGUCAGAGCAGCAAUCAGACCAUCUGGUUUGGACACUACACAACGUCUACUGUCAUCUCCUCUUCACCUGGACUCAGAGCCCUGAUGAGCAAGGCAGUGGCAUACCUGUGUGGGCAUCUUCAUACGCUCAGGGGUCUGAUGCCUGUCCUCCACAGCAGACACUCUACAGGAACACUGGAGCUGGAGCUAGCAGACUGGAUGGAAAAUCGCAGAUACAGAAUCCUGGCCUUUGACCACGACCUAUUGAGUUUCUCAGAUCUGACAUUUGAAGACUGGCCAGCAGUGGUAAUCACCAACCCGAAAGAUGCUCAGUAUCUGCAUCCAGGAGUGGAACCUCUGGGUCGCAUCUAUAGUUCUACACACAUCAGGAUCCUGGUCUUUUCACAAGCUCCAGUUACAGCGGUGCAUGUGAGUGUAGAUGGUGAGGUCCUGGGGAAAGCAGAGUCUGUAGGAGGGCCUCUGUAUGUGCUGCAUUGGGAUCCUAAAAUCUACUCCACUGGACUGCAUACAAUUACUGUCAAAGCAGAGAAUUUGGCAGGUCAGACCAAGGUGAAAGAGCAGCUUUUUACUAUGCAGGAGGACCUCACACCCAGCUUUGGCUUCCUACAGUCAUUCAUCCUCCUGACCGAUCAUUACAUACUGGCACGGAUCCUUUUUGUAGCUGUCGUGUUGCUAAACGUGGGCGUCCUUGUUGUCUUCAGAUUCAAGCAGAUGCCCGCUGCCAGAGGGCUGCUCUCUCAAGCGUUUUUCUCCUUACAUCUUGUCAGCAACAUCAACACUUUCUACUACACCUUGCUGCUGUUUAAUCUGUGUACAGCAUUAGGUCCAUGGUUUAUUGGAGAAGUGGUUGAUGGACACUAUGGAGCUUGUUUUGCUUUCGGUGUGUUCGUGGACGGGCAUUUCCUUCAGGGCAGUCUGACCUAUGUUGUGGGUAUAUUGCAGUUAAUAUUCUUCAACAUGCCCCUGACAUGCUACCUCUGCUGGAGUUUGCACCAGCGCUUCGUUGGCUGCUCCUUUCACUCUCACCUCUGCAGGCCGGGAUCCCGCUUGGGGACUCUGGCUGUACACGUGGGCAUGCUGAUUCUUUUCAUCUGGCAGGCAUAUUCCUGCUACUUCCUGCUGGAGACCUACGGCCUGAUGGCUUUCUUCCUGUCUCCGGUGCGUACCUGGGCUCUGCUAAUGGGUCUGCUGCUCAUCUACAAAGUCUGGAGAGGACCAGCUCCAAAUCUAUCUAAGAGGAGUAACUCGCAGCUAUGACAGCAAAACCCGGACAGGGUUUUUUCUUUUUUUUUUUUCUUUCCCUGACACUAGCUUUGGUUCUGCUACUUGGUAAUAUACAAUAGCAUGUGGUUGUUGAAGUAUUUUUCUGUCCUGUUUAGUUCCAUACCUUCAUGUACCAGAUUAUUCAGUUAUUAUUUGGAUUUUAGGUUCUAAAUGUACAGACACAACACUGAUAAUAUUUUUUCAUUUGUUCAAAAAAAAAAAAAAGUUGGCCAGAAAGGUUCACAUGGCAUUGGGAGUAGAGAUGUGCCUCAGAAAUGUAAUGCUAAGAAAAGGUCUUGCCAGUGUGAUGUUUUUCAUUUUCAUGCUUUUGAGCUUUUAUUCGUUUACUCUUAGUAACUGCCUGGUCCGGGCUACAGAGGUUUAACAUAGGCUUUUUGUUAUUUUAUGCUUAUAUUUUUCAAAAGACCAACUAAAUUUAGUAGAAAACGUUGUGGGCAGGUUCAAAGAAAACACAUAAGUGUGAACUGGAGUAAAAACACUCUCUCUGGUUUAAAUAAAAUAAAAACAGGAAGAUGCACACAACAUGCCUAAAUUGGUAUCUGAAGACCGAUACCAAUUUUGCUAAAAAAGAUUUAAUGGAAUAUGCUGCACCCUAUGUUGCACCUGUGAAUCCAAAAACCUAACAUGCAACAUUGAGAGUUCUUGCGGCUUCUGCUCCAAUCAGAUCCCAUCACCAUUUUUGUAGAACUUGCUGAGUGGUUGUUUUGUCUAUUUCACAGACAAUGUGUGAAGGCGUAUACAGAGUAACCUCAUGAGAUUUAUUUUACAUUAGACUAGCAAAGGACAGAGUCUCUUCUAUGGAGAAGUUACAUGUGCGCCUGUGCUGUAUGCUAGCGUCUGUACAGAUCACAACACUAUAUGCUUCAUUUAGUGUACUGUAUUGCACUGGCAAGAGAGCACCGAUCUCACUAAAUAAAUAACACUGGUUUAGUGAGUGUGAAGAGAAACUGAAUGUAUAACUUUGUGUGAUCAAGUUGCAGGAAAAGACAAUCACCAAUGUGUGUAUACACUGAAGUUCCAAGAGUUUUUUUUUCUCAUUCUGCACCUCAGCUGGAUCAAGCAACACGAGACAAAAAGAGAAUGGUAUAGCGUUCAUGUUGAACGUGUAAUCCACAAAAAUGUCAAAAAAAAAAAAAAAAAAGUACUUCAUUGUUCAUGCUGUGGUAAAUUUGCUUGUGGUAUAUAUUUUUUCAUGUAUGUGUUUUUGUUGAUCUGUGUAUAAGUAAUUAUUGGUCAAUUCAAGUCUUUGGGGAUCAUAAUCACUUAACUGCUCUCGAUGAUCAAAAAUGUGAAGGGUUUUAAAUAGAUUAUUUUUUGGUUGCAGGUGCAUUCAAAUAAAUAUUUUUUGCAGUUGUAAA